GAUCUCGCAUUGCAUUUGUUUUCUGCUUCAAUAUUUGCUUUAUUUGGUUUGCUUUCCUCUCUUUUUACUUGAUCUUCUACGCCUUUGAGCUGUUGCUGGCUUGCUUGCUGGCUUGCUUGCUUCCUUGUUUCUUGUCGCGUUUGUUUGCAUUCACAGAUCCUUUGCUGGCCAAAGAGGAUAAGCAAUGGCUCCUAGUACUGCCGGUCCGCAGAUCUUCGACGACGCCCAUCGUUCCCCCACUAGAUCCUCGGUGUUCCGAGCCAUCAUGUCGAAGCCGCAUAAGCGAAACCAAUCUGCGGACGAUGCCAUGCCUCCGCAAUUCAAAAACAACAAGCCAACGGGCACUGUUCCCUUUCCGUGGGCAGACAAACCUGCUCCGGAAUCGGGACAUCUUCCUUUGGGAGAGAUAGUGCCGAAUCGCGAUGUUGGAGACAGCUACUUGCCGGCAGCCAAUCCAGCCAGCAAAGAAAAUAAAGCACCCUUGCAUAAAAAGACGAAGAGUGCGGUAUCUCUGAAGUCACUUCGGAGUUACAUGGAACGGAAGGACACCAAGUCGGAAGAACCCCCAAUCGACAAUGCUGACGACCUGAAGCCCAAGAAGACCAAGUCGACUAACAGUUUGUCGGCCAUCCUCAAACGAUCCCAGCGCGGACGCAAAUCCGACGGAUCGAAGCAGAGCCGUGACAAAGAGAACCGAAGCCCUGUUGAUCUGGUCGACAACAUGCCAUCCCCGGUUUGGCCUAAAGAAGGCUCCAUCUAUCAAGCGCCCAGCAGUCGGUCGCGACAAAACUCAACCGCGGAUAGACGGCGAAGUGUUGCGGAAGAAGUAUCUCUCUACACACCAAAGGCUUAUAGCCCAGCUCACCAGCGGAACUUUUACGACUAUCAGCAACCAUCGCUCACCAGACGGGGCGAGGCAAAGCCUCGUCCCAAGUCGGACUGCCUUGCUGGCAACAGAAAGAUGAAGGACAUUCUGGGACUGCAGCGUGCCCCAUCUGGAGGCAGUAAUGCCAGCGACCAAGUGGAUAGUGCGUCGUCCAAGGGAUCGGGCCUCGACAGAGCGAGGAAAUUGUCCGUCCCAGAGUCACCCGUUCCUGCGCUAAAGGAACAGCCGAAUGCGAAGAGACUUUCUCGCGUGCAGGCCGCGAUCUCGGUAUUCAACGCAAAGGAGCGGGAUGCUGAUGUCCACAAACACCUCAGCUCCAAGGACCUAGAGAGUGAAUUUGAGAAACUACUAGAUGCCCGGAAUAUUCCUCACAACAUGCGUGACAAGAUGCGCUCCCUUGAUACCAACAUCAAGGCCGACUUCAUUCAGAAGGAUCGCACCGAACAGGGCACACCGGCCAGUGCUGGUACUUCUGAUAGCCGCCGUGGUCGUGGUAAGGAAUCAAAGGACUCUCAGGAUCGUAAGGGCUCACGCUCGCGGUCCAGGAGCCGUGGCUUUACAUUUGGUCGGGGCUCUUCAUCUCCCGGCAAGAAGGCCCGGCCAGAGAGUGGAACUUUCCAUCGUCCCAGAUCGGUGGACCUCUCCCAGCCAGUAGGCGUCUAUACGACUCUCAAUGCGGCUAACUCUACCGCAUCGCUUUCCGAAGCAGCGGCUGUGGACACCGCUGCCGACCCGUCUGACUUCGUGCACUAUCUCAGAGAGAUCCAGAAGCCGGAGAUGAUCGAGGUGGGCAAAUUGCACAAGCUGAGACUUCUCUUGCGGAACGAGACCGUGAGCUGGGUGAACGGUUUCAUUGCCGAGGGAGGCAUGGAUGAGAUUGUUCAGCUCAUCUACCGCAUUAUGAAGAUGGAGUGGCGGGAGGAUCACGAGGAUACUCUUCUACACGAGGCGUUGCUAUGCUUGAAGGCUCUUUGCACUACAUCCAUCGCAUUGGCACAUCUCACUAGCAUUGAAGCUGAACUCUUCCCUGCUUUGCUGAAGAUGCUCUUUGACGAGGAAAAGAAAGGCCCUAGCGAGUUCACGACUCGGGGGAUCAUCAUCAACCUCUUGUUUACCCAACUCUCAACGAAUUAUCCCAACGAGCUGCCAUCCACGCGUGCUGCACGAAUGCUUUCUUACCUGCGAGACCCGUCUCCAGAAGAUGAGAGCCAGCCAGUCUCCUUCAUUGCCAAUAUUUACCAGUCCCGACCCUAUCGAGUCUGGUGCAAGGAGGUUACCAAUGUGACCAAGGAAGUCUUCUGGAUCUUCCUCCACCAUCUCAAUGUGAUUCCACUCCCCAAAUCCGCCCCUCAGUCGGACGAUCCGUUCACGGACAAGCGCCCGUUGGAUAAUCGUUCCUAUCUCGAGCGAAACUUCCCUCCACCUCGCCCUCCAGUCCCCGCUGCUCCAUACGUUGGCGGCGUCGAGUGGGAUGCCACCAAUUAUCUUGCCGCACACUUGGAUCUCUUGAAUGGUCUGAUUGCCUCACUGCCUACAUCCGAUGAACGUAACAAGCUUCGGUCCGAGUUGCGAGCUUCUGGAUUCGAAAAGGUCAUGGGUGGCACUAUGCGCACCUGCAAGGAGAAGUUCUACUCCGCGGUUCAUGAGUGUCUCCGCACCUGGGUUGCUGCUGCGGUUGAGGAUGGCUGGCCCUAUCUGAUGGUGCGGGAAGGACCUCCUCGUACCGAGCCCGGAUCACCGAACAAGUCCCCUAAGAAGGUCGCCCCCGGUAGUCCAAAGAAGGGUCUACUCGACGACAAGCCACCUCAGCUUAAUCUGGCCUUGGACUUUUCGGACACUCGUGUUUCCACUCCUCUGGGUCCAACGACCCCAUCCAGCGAUAUGCCUCGCUGGCUUUAAUCGUCAAGCAUCGGAUACAACAUCCGCUUGACACGUUUUUCUUCUUUUCUUGUCUUUUUUCUUACCAUUUUCCUACCCUUCCACUCUGAUUUUACGUUUCAUGACUCGGCGUUUUACGGUUCAUAUCUUUUUUGCAGGGGUCGCACCAGCGAGACUUGUCGCUUACCCUUGGGGAAGCUUCCCCCUGCCCACUCUUUUGGGCUUUCAAGGCGUUGGCAUUUCUGGAGUUGUUGGGAGUUGCAUAUUUGAAUGUCCAGCGAAUUUUCUGGCGGACAUGAUGUGAUGAAGUCAAGCUAUUGCGCAGGCGGCGGGGAGAGGAUGGCAUGGACAGGUAAUCGUCUGUCUAGGGGAUGCAUGCACAUGCGCAUCUUUCUUUUUACUUCUAUGCCAUUCUCUCCGCGGAUUAGAGACGCCUGCUGCUUGGACUAAAUUUGCUCAUGAUAAAUGUUACAUGACAGAUAUGAG